CUAAGGAAAUGAAUGAACAAGGUGAAAUAGAAGUGUUAUCAAUAAAACAUCGGCUCGGCAGGAAGCGUGAAGAGUUCCGUGGCAAACGUUACGAACAUGGUGGAAGGUUUCGUUCACGUAGUAUUAGUAGUGAUCGUAACAAUAGCAAAGAGAGAAAUGCUUAUCAAUUGAAGCGUGAUGCAAAACAGUGGGGUUCCCACAACAACGCGUGAAUUUAGGCCGCUGCUGGGAAGAGAUUUGAUGACAACAUUUUACCCAAAAUGGAAAAACGCGUUUAUUGAACCGAUUGAUAUUAAAAAAAUGGAUAUUGACAAGAAGCAUGACGAAGCAAUAAGAUUUGAAGCGGAUUUGGUGUUCACUUCAGAUCGGCCUAUUUUUCGAAAACCUUAUCAGGUACCUUAUAAAAUUAAAGAAAAUUUUUUGAAACAUUUGGAUGAUUUGGAGAAGCAAGAUAUAAUUACACCGAUCCAAGCGAGUGAGUGGGCGGCACCUGUAAUAGCAAUACUGAAAAAGGACAACGAACUAAGAAUGAUUGCUUUGGGAUCGCAUGUGCUAACGGCUCAUAGACACCAGCUGAAGUGUUUGGAGCAACCGAAACGAAAAACAACAGUGAUGGCUAUACCGUCGCAGCCAAGAAGACGUGGUUCUGUGGAUACUGAAGAUGAUUUCUUUGGAUUUCCGGAUGACGGCAGUAACUGGACGGUCGGUCCAGAAAUAGAGGGCGUUGAGAAAGUGUUUCCGACUAGGGUGCCGGCCGAUGAAAGUUUGGAACGUUCUGAAACUGUUCGCUAUUCUAGAAAAAGAAAAAAUAUUGAUAGGAGUCCGAUAUUGACUCGGUCAAAAAUGAGAAGAUGUACUGAAGAAUAAAUUUAUUUGCAAUUCUGAGCAUAGAUAAUGUUGACAAACGAUUUUUUAACAUUUAAGUGCUAAACUAUAGGAUUUAAGUGAUCGAUAAAUAAUGCUAUAAGAAUUUUAGAAUAAAGCAUUAAUUCCUGUAAGAAUUAUCUUGAUGGGGAAGAAUUGUAGCAUCCCUAUCAUCUCGAUAGUACUAAAUCAAAUUAUCUAUAUACUUACCAAUACUUAUCAAUAUGCUGUUCUGUAUGAUUGAAAUAUAUCAAAUCGAAUAAACUGCUCAUUCGAAGUUGAGCCGUGGAUUGUGACGGAGACAACUUAGU